AGAAUCAUGUUUCUGUGAUCGCUGUGUUUCUAAAUCGUGUAGUCACUCUUGGAAACAACCAAGUAAUUCAUAAUAGUCAAGAAGAAGUGGAGUUUGGCAAGUUCUAUCGUUUGGGAAUUCACUGCAAACCUUCACGAUGUCUAUUAUGUCCUAUAAUGGAGGGGCGGUCAUGGCCAUGCGGGGGAAGAACUGCGUGGCAAUAGCUGCAGACCGGCGAUUUGGCAUUCAGGCUCAGAUGGUCACCACGGAUUUCCAGAAGGUCUUCCCCAUGGGAGAGAAGUUGUACAUCGGGCUGGCUGGACUGGCCACUGAUGUUCAGACAGUAUCCCAGAGGUUGAAAUUCAGACUGAACCUGUAUGAACUGAAGGAGGGUCGGCAAAUCAAACCCAAGACCUUCAUGAGCAUGGUGUCCAACCUGUUGUAUGAAAAGAGGUUUGGGCCAUACUAUAUUGAGCCUGUGAUUGCUGGACUUGAUCCCAAAACCUUUGAGCCAUUCAUCUGCUCCUUGGAUUUGAUCGGCUGCCCCAUGGUGACCGAAGACUUUGUCGUCAGUGGCACCUGCUCAGAGCAGAUGUAUGGCAUGUGUGAAUCUUUGUGGGAGCCAGACAUGGAACCAGAGGACCUGUUUGAGACCAUCUCCCAGGCAAUGCUGAAUGCCGUUGAUAGAGAUGCCGUGUCCGGUAUGGGAGUCGUUGUUCAUGUCAUUGAAAAAGACAAGAUCACCACACGAACCUUGAAAGCCAGGAUGGACUAGAGCUUCUGUUUCUUCCUGUACGUCACCAACACACACGUUUUGUAUAAAAAUAAUAAACAAUCCUUGUUCUGUCUUUCUUCAAUAAAUGAACGAAUGAACUUGA